AUGACGAGCUUUAAAGCGUACAGUGACAGCCAGCUCACUGGCAAUGCUAAUUUUUCUUUUUGGCAGCUAUCUCCCCACCGCCCCUCCCCAUUAUCACGACAGCAAGCUCGGGCCAAACUGACAGCUGCUAAAUUACACCUUAAAAGUUUGUUUGGACAGGGUUCACCGCAGUCCUCACAUUCGAAUCUGGCGAGUGCAGAGCACAGAGCGAACGUAACCAGCACUAAAGAGAGGCGUUCUCGAAUUCCUUUCCUCAAGCAGUGGAGUCAGGUGGGCCACAGCAGAGCUCGACUCAGCAGGGAGGAGAUGGAAAGUUGGGCCAAGUCCCUUGAUGCUUUGCUGGAAAGCAGAGUGGGCGUCACAGUGUUUGAAGCGUUCCUGCGAUCCGAGUUCAGUGAGGAAAACCUGCAGUUCUACUCGGCCUGUGAGCAGUACAGACAGUCGUCCAACAAAUUCAGCCUGCAGAGACGGGCAAAAAUGAUCACUGAAACUUACAUCCAGCCUGGUGCUCCCAGAGAGGUGAACCUGGACAGUAAGACGAGAGAACUGACCCUAGAGCUCCUCAAAGCCCCCUCUCACACUUCCCUCUCACAUGCUCAAAGGCGCAUCUACUGCCUCCUGGAAAUGGACAGUUACCCCCGCUUCCUCCAGUCGCAGAUCUACAUCACACUACUGAGGGAUUCAUAUUAAAACAAGAGUGGGCGAAAUGUCCAAAAGCGGGUCAUCCUAAAAACUGAACGGACAGUGGAGACGGCAAACAUGUCUCUGUGAUGAAAAAAAUCAUCGUAACUACUGAAGAACAUUUUAGUAAAAUAAAAAAAAGGAAACAGACGAGCAGGGAUGAGGCGAUUGUCUUGAACUUGAAUGCAUAGCGUCUAAGGGAUCAUGCAUCGGGGAAAGAAGUGCUAACAUUUUACAAUUUGGAUUAUUAGUUGUUAGAUAGAAACAUAUCACUGGACUAAAUGGUAUGUUGACAGACAACAAAGGGAAAAACACGUCUGGCAAGAAAGGGCUGUUCAGUGAAAGGCCGGAGCACUCAUCAGGGUCAGACCAUUCUUUGACUCCAACUGUAUGUGUGGUUACAAAGAAGCAGCACUAAUGACUCAUUCCUCGAAUUUACUUUCCCAUAAAUAAUUAUAUAAUAUAGUUAAAUCGAUAUUCAAACAAAAACUCAAGCUCUCAACCAGACAAAAUUCAAAUAGAUCAUCAUCUAAAUAAGCAAUAUGAACACAAUUACUUUAAAUAAAAGUUGAAAACUUCCUCAAAGGCCCGACAGACGGCCAGUUUGAGUUUAAAAUGUCUAUUAGCAUAUUGUGAUUUUUAUGAUCACAGACUGCAUAUUAAAGCUGUACACGUCAUUCAUUUGAAGAAAAUGUGACUAAAGACAUGGAAAUCAAAGGUCUAUCACUGCCAUGUUAUUGAACAGGGUUUUUGGUUGUUUUUUAGGUAACUGUAGAAUUCAGAGCGUGUUGCUGGGAAAUGUCACAAGUUGACAGGUUUAAAAUGUAGACACUGAGCAAGAACCUGCUUGACACCAGCACUAAUACCAUCCCAUAAGAACACGUACGUUUCCAAGACGCAAGUUAAAGAGCAAAUGAUCUGAAGAGCACUGUUUUCUUAUUAUCGUGCACAAACCUGAAGAACAUUACAAAAAUUUCCACUUGACCAUCUGAAAGGGAACAUUUUUCAAAUGUUUAUUCCAGAUGAACACACGUAUUGAAAAUUUUCAACUUGAGGAUUUAAUGUGCUGUAUGUAUUUUAGUGUCUGUUGAUGAUGUCUGCUGUGACUGGCACAUUGAAGAUGGUACAUGUAUUAUUGUAUGCAUGUAUUGAUGGUACAUAUUACUGUAGACAUGCUACUAGGAACUGCAUGAACUAAUUUCCUUGGUCAAAUGUCCUCCAAGGGUUUAAUUCUGUUUAUCUGAGUAUAAUAUAAAUGAUUUCCCUAAGGGAAUGAUGCAAUUAUGUGAUCAGUGUACAAGAAUGAGCAUCAGUUUGACUGUCAGAGUAUUUAUCUUUCUUUGAGAGCAGCGAUAAAAAUGAAUCGAACAGAACAAAUGUUCAACCAUUUAAUUUAAAUUCCACCAAAACAUCUGUACUUUUGCAUAGACCUGUUUGUGAAAAACAUGAUAAAAGAUCAGAUUAUAAAAUUGUGAUUAUAAAAGCACAAGCCAUAAAAUGAAUAGCUGAAAUGUUUAUAAAUAGGACUGAUAAAGAAAAAAAAAAUACAAAUAGCUGCUGCUGUUAUUUUCAUUAAAGGUCUUUUUCACUUUUGUGGUUUAAUAAAAAUUCAUUAAAAUCA